AUGAGCGAGGUCGAUGCCACUACCAAGCCCGUCGAGGCCCCUUCCGCCGAGGCCCCUCCCGUCGAGCAGCAGCAGGAGACUUCCGCUGCUGCUGAUGAGGAUACCUCUAUGAUAAAGACGACUGCGCAGACGAACUACAAGGACGUCAAGAAGAACAACAAAUUUGACCCUAGUGUUCGGGAGGUGACAGAUGACCCCGAAGCUAUUCGCAAGCAGGUUGAGUUCUACUUUGGAGACUGGAACUUCCCCCAGGACAAAUUCAUGUGGGAAACUUGCGGCGGCUCCGAAAACAAGCCCAUACCCAUCACUAAAAUUCACUCCUUCAAACGCAUGCGCACAUUCCAGCCCUACAGCGCCGUCGUCGCCGCCCUGCGCGACAGCAAAUUCCUUGAAGUCUCGGGCGAGGAGGGGGCUGAAGUGGUCAAGCGCAAGACGCCCUACAAGCCUAUGCCCGAGGGCAAGGCCAAGGCCGAGGCCGCUACCGUCUACGUCAAGGGCUUCGGCGACGAAAGCCCAGAUACGCAGUUUGAUUUGGAGAGUUUCUUUGCCCAAUUUGGCGAGGUCAAGGGCCUGAAGCUACGCCGGACCAACGAGAACCUGUUUAAGGGCUCCGUCUUCGUUACGUUUGUGGAUGAAGACGCUGCCAAGAAGUUCCUCGCUACCGAGCCGAAACCUACCUGGAAGGGACACGAGUUGAAAAUGAUGACGAAGAAGGCUUACUGCGACGAGAAGAGCGAUCUGAUUCGCCAGGGUAAGAUCGAACCGAGCUCCAACGGGCCUAGGAAGUUUUAUGAAGGCAAGGAUGGCAAAGCGCGACCAGGAAAAAAGGGCGGCCGCGAUCAGGAUGAUUGGAAGAAGAGGCGUGAGCACGAUCAGAAGAAUGGCUUCCGAGAUGGACGCGGUGGACGCGGUCGGGGAGGUCGCGGCGGCCGUGGCCGCGGUGGGUUUGGCCGAGGCGGUAGAGACGGCGGCCGCCGGGAUAAUGAACAGGUCAAGGACGCCACGUACUCUGAGAGUGCUCCCGAGGAAAAGGAAUCCAACGGAAAGCGAGCUCGGGAGGAGGAUGCUGCUGCUGGCGAGGAACCUGCAGCCAAAAAGGUCGAUACUAAGGAGACUACAGAGGCAUAA